UGAAUACAUUACAAGAAAGUUAUAAAAUCCUGGGGUUCUUCUGCUCUUGUCCUCUUCUUGUUCAGGUCAUUCUGAAAGCUACAAGAUCCUUGUUUUGGCAAAAACCUGUUACAACAGUUGUUGCAAUUCUUACAUCACUAGCAUUGUGAUUUCUCUUACAGAAAGAGAACAGCCAUGGUGAUCUACACAGUGACGGUGUACACAGGAAAGGGUCUUCUGGCGGGCACCACUAGCCGGAUCUCCAUCCAGCUGCGCGGCGCUGAGGCUGAGAGCGAGGAACAGAGUCUAAACCACAUUCAGGGGUUAUGGCAAGCAUCGGAGCGAGCAUUUAAGAUACACUGUAAAGCGUCUCUGGGAGAGCUCAUAGCGGUCAAGCUUUACUCCAAGCCGUUUAUGGGUCUACUUUACAACCAGUGGUUCUGCGAUAAGAUCUCGGUCAACACGCCCGAAGGAGACAAGGUCCUGUUUCCCUGUUACUGCUGGCUGGACUGCAACGAGAGGCUCGUCUUACGGCCUGCUAAAGCUUCACUUGUGUUCCAGGACACCAACCCGAUAUCCCAGAGGCAGAGGAUGAGGCAGCUGGAGGAGCAGCAGAAGCUAUUCAGGUGGUGUGUGUACGCGGAGGGUACGCCUCAGGUCAUCGACUGCGACAAUCCCCUCGCUCUGCCAGCUGAGGUCCGAUUCUCUUUCACUAAAGAGGCCGAGUUUUACUCCGGUGCAGGAAAGCAGUUAGCUGCUCUGAAGCUAACUGGAUUAGUUUUACUGCCAGUGUUAUCGUACAGCGAGUACAACCUUGACAAGAUGUCACUGGCUGCUAUGUUCUCUGCAUCCCAUCUCUAA